AUGUCCCGGACUUUUCCGGGUUGCUGGAACUGCCUUGGACAUCAAUUCCUUCAGAUUCAAGACAUGCCUGUGGCCUUUGGCUCAGUUUCAUGUAGUAAUGUAGUAGUGAAUCAGGUGCGUGGCAUACCUCUAGAUGGCUGGGUCAAGGUGGGCAGAAGAUAUCUUCCAACGCACAUUGGCAAUGCCUGCGUUCUUCGACCCGUGAACCAGGAGUCUGCCGUGAUUAAGCUGAAUGAAGAGGAGGCUGACAGGCAGCUUGGUCAGAUGCUUUUUGGCAAAGAGGGCUAUGGCUAUGGUGGCGAUGAAGUGCCCACAGCGAGUCCCACAGCUGUGUCUCCAGCUCGAGGUCGACAGCUGAUUCGGCCGGAGACAUCCGCCCCAGGGGCAGAGCCUCUACUGCCGGUGGGCUUUGGGGCUUGCUACGAGGUGGUGUUUGAUCGCGUGGCCAUCCGGUCUGCACCGAGUUUGACUGCCACCACAGUGGAGGUCAAGAAGAGGGGCGAGACGGUGGAGCUGUUCGGCUGGGACGCGAGCAGAGCGUGGCGUCGAUGCCCUGCAGAUGCGACGGGCACCACGGCUGGAUGGGUGAUGCUAGAUCAUGCAGAUUUCGGACCAUUGGUACGCCCUAAGGGAGCCAAGCUGAGUGCCCUGCCCCUCGAGCCCUUGUGUUGCGCAGCUGAAGAAGAUCAGCUUCCGGAACUGCGACGCUUUUUGAGCGAAGGCCAGAAUCCCUGUGCCUGUGAUGCCAGCGGGGCUUCCGCUUUGGAGCUGGCUGUGCGGUCAGAUGCUCGAGACUGCGCGGUCUACUUGAUCGAGGCAGGUGCAGUGACAUCUCCCGAUCAAAGCCAAGUGGCACUGGAGUCUGCCGCAAGUUCCGGCACAAGAUCCUUGGUUGAGGCGCUGCUGGGUCAUACCGUGAGUGACAACGAGGCUUUGCAGGCUGCCUUGGCGGAGUUGACAGCAGAUGCCCGCAUCGCUGCCGACAGGAUCCUGGAACUCCUCGAAACCGACGCUGAGGCCAAUCAAAAAGCGAAGGAGAAUGAGGAGAGGUUGAAGGAAGAGAACGAGAAGGAAGAGAGGGAGCGUGAGGAGCCUGCUUUGUCUCAAGCGGAGCCCACGGGGGAGACCACCGAACCACGUAUUCCUCCGGCUGAGCAGCCGAAAGAAUGGAAGCAUCGCCGAAAAGGAGGAGAGUUGCAUGAGGUGGUCCACAAAGCUGUGGCCAUUCGUUAUAUGCCGUCGACGACGGCUGAUAUGGUUGGUACCCGCAUUUGCGGCCAGUUUGUUGAGCUGUUCGAAUCGAGCGCAGACAAGAAGUGGCGUAAAAUGGAAGAUCCUGAGACUGGAGAAGAGGGUUGGAUGUUGCUCCAUCACGGCCAGAUUGGUGCCUUGGUCCGUCCUGUGACAGAGGACACGACGGCGGACGCCCGGGAAGUCGGGAAGGUCCCGACGCGCCAAAUUGGGAGCACACCCUCGCAGCCCUCGUGGCAUGAAAAGCUGGACAUCUAUGACAUGAAUCGCCAGCACAAACAACUUGCCUGUGGCAUCGGACAGUGUAUGUGA